GUGCACGCACGAACACGCGGUAAAAAUUCGUGCAAUGUCGGACGCAAACAGCGGUUGGAAACGAGUGGUAGAGAAGAUUCCCAGUAAGAUCUACGGCAGAAAGGCUAGGACGAGAGUGUGUUGGAUAAGCAAUUAAUGUAGAAGUUUGAAGAAGACUCCAUCACAUCAAGAAUUGCUUUCAAUAUACGUUUGGAAUUGGCAAAUUUCAGAUUUUAUUUACAGCGAAUGUCUUGACUUUCGGUUUUUACAGUGGCUUGUAAUUUGUUGUUGUUUUGUUUGUUAUUUAGUCCUAUGGGUCGAAAACUAGUUGGUCAAGGACAAUUGGAGAAACACUUGAAAGCGAUCGGGUCUAAACUGUCUGUUGAGAUGUUUGAUUUCAGCAGAAACGUUGGACAAAAAAAAGAUGGCAAAGCAGAAAGUCACAGCUGCAGAACAGAAACACUAAGAAUGACGGACUCAGUAAAUGUGUCUCAACACAAAAGGGGAAAGAGUACUAAUGAUGUAACUGAACAAACAUGCAGUGUUAUUGUCAAGCAUCAGACUAAAAACAAACAGAAAAUGAAAGAUUGUAAAGAGAAAAAAGGAGGGAAACAGGAUGAAAUCCGACAUUAUUUUUUGCGACCAAAAGAUAAGUUAAUGACAGUAAACACAAACAGUAAACAACAUCAAGAUGCAAAUGGUUGCAGUAACGACAUAGGGAGUAAAGAACUUAUGGACUCUAGUGUCACCGAGUCUGACGUUCAAGAGCACGGGGCUGCAUGUGGUACACCACCUGGAACGCCUCUCCUGAAACGUACUUCAUCAGUUCGUGGAGUGAAGAGAAAACUGACAACAAGUCCAUACUUUUAUCAGAAGCCUGUCUUGGGGUAUGCGGUUGAUGAUGAAAUGAGGAGGCCAAGACAUUUGUCUGUGUGUUAUGUACCACCAAAGUCUCCAUUUAAUCUUAUUCAGGAAUCUUUGUUUCAUGACCCAUGGAGACUUCUAAUAGCAACCAUAUUCUUACAUCGAACGUCAGGAGACAAGGCUAUUCCUAUUUUGUGGGAGUUCUUCAAGUGUUAUCCAUCAGCUGAAGUCACAAGAAAAUCAAAUCCUGAACCGAUAGCUCGAUUAUUGCAGCCUCUAGGUUUGUUUCAGAAACGAGCAGAGAUCAUUGUUCAAUUUUCAAAUGAGUACGUUGAUAUGGAUUGGGAGUAUCCUAUUGAGUUGCAUGGGAUUGGAAAAUAUGGGAAUAAUUCUUAUCGAAUUUUUUGUUGCGGCGAGUGGAAAGAUGUGACACCAGAUGACCAUAAACUGAACCAAUACCAUUGCUGGAUUUCUCAACAAGAAACAGCAAACUGACUCACAAGACUCAAAGCUAAUAAAAUUAGUUUAUCUCUAAUGAUUUACAGUGCUUGCAGUAGAAUGCCAGUGAGUUCAUCUUUGGAUAAUACAAUACUGUUGCCCUUCA